UUCCUCGUCUUAUUAGUUCCCUUCUAUCUCCUCAACACAAUACUUGAUUGUAAUAUCAAAUACGUACACACGCAUAUACUUGGUUUUAUUCGGGGAAGAGAGACAUGGAAGUUCGUGUUGCACGAUGUUUUAGCCCUGAGACGAGUGAUGUUAAUGAAAACGAGUUCAUCAUGGAUGUGAAGAAAGGCCCGUGGACUGCAGAAGAGGAUGCCCUCCUCAUGAAUUACGUGAGCAUCAAUGGUGAAGGGCGAUGGAACUCUGUUGCUCGUUUUGCAGGGCUGAAGCGAACUGGAAAAAGUUGCAGAUUGAGAUGGUUGAACUACCUACGCCCAGACCUCCGCCGUGGAAGCAUCACUCUCCAAGAACAGCUGCUGAUACUCGAACUCCAUUCCCGCUGGGGAAAUCGGUGGUCGAAAAUAUCCCAAUAUCUGCCCGGCAGAACCGAUAAUGAGAUAAAGAAUUAUUGGAGGACAAGGGUUCAAAAACAAGCAAAGCAGCUGAAGUGUGAAGUCAACAGCAAGCAGUUCAGAGACGCAAUGGAACACGUCUGGAUGCCACGCCUUAGAGAACGGAUCCAGAGUUUGUCAGGCAACAGCGCCUCAUCGGCUCAGCCCACCGACGCUGCCACCUAUCCCGUAGACCCAACAAGCAAUCACACUCGUGACCAAAAUAUCGUUUAUCAAAUGGAUCAAACCGCCGGCUGGUCCAAUACGUUCAACUCGAGUUUCAUUACUGAGAUACUGGCAGCAUCAUCUGACUCCUAUUUGGAUAAUACACAAGCCUCCCUUGUUUCGUAUUCAUCCGAUCAUUAUGGUCCGUGGGAAGGAAGCUGCAUGGACAAGAGUUUCAUUACUGAGAUACCGGCAGCAUCAUCUGACUCCUAUGUGGAUAAUACACAAGUCUCCCUUGUUUCGGAUUCAUCCGAUCAUUAUUGUCCGUGGGAAGGAAGCUGCAUGGACAAUAUCUUUGACGUGUCUUUUUCGUGGCCUGAGAAUUUGUGCGACUCUCCGGGAGACCUGAUGAUGGAAAACAUGUGGAACGAGGAGAACAUACGGCUCUUGCAACAGCAGCUUUUUGAGGAUUAGAGUUCUUUUGCCAAUCUUUUAGAUGAAAACGUUUAGAAAAUCAACUGAACAAAGAGAUAUAAUAGGGCAUAAGAUCAUAAUUAAUAGUCCUAGCGUAGCAUCAAUUUCAGCAAUUAAUAAUUCUUUCAAUUAUGUAAAAUAAUUAAAAUGUAUCGGUUCGAUUCUUCAAUGUGAAUGGUUCAAAAUCUUUGUAAUC